GUCAAAAGUCACAUUUGAAGUUUUGUUGAACACAAUUUCAUUUUGUGAUUUCGUGUACUUAAAUUAAUUUAAAAUCACUGAUAUAAACGUAGACCUCCUUUAGUAAUUUGCUCCUUUAAUAAUUAACCCUAUAGCCAUAGGUUAUAAUGCAGUAAAACCUUGCGAUGGUUUGUUGUUGACCACAACAGGUUGUAACACCAGGUGAUUUUAUAAAUUUUGUUUAGCCUGAUAAUACAGUAAAAGGCCACAAUAGCUAUGGAUUCAAUAUAUCUUUCUGAUGAGUCGAGCGACAGCGACAUUGUGGAAAUAAAAGAAAGCAGUGAUGAGGUUGUAUUCGUCAAUGAAGCAGAAUCAUAUGAUCAAAUAAUGAAAGACUGCAGGCUGCUGGGGGAAUUCAUUGAGAAAUGCCUGGACAUAGAACAUAGCGAGAGAAUGAACAGAGUAAUAAAAAAAUCCCUGAUUCCAGCGUACUACGGCUCAAGUGAUGUGUUUAAAAGAUCUCCAAUGUUAAAUAAACUUGUAACUAGGGCCAUCUGUAAAAUUGAGUCUGAUCCUAACUUUAAAUUUUUCUACAUCAAAGAGUUGUGUUGUGAAAUGAGUAAAAAUUCAACGAAAUUGUACAGAAAAAUGGUCAGAGAUAGAACAAAUGCAAAAGACUGUAUUAGGAAGCGAAAGAAAAAAAUGGCUAAGCUAAAGCAAAAUAUGGCCACUGCACCCCCAAAGAAGAAAAACAAACUGAAUGAAACCGAAAAUAUUGUUGUGUCUGACGACUCUGAUGGUUUCGAUGUGCCUAUAAUUAACUUAGAUGAAUUACCGUCACAACAUAUCACUGAUGUGUCUUCCAAAUGUGAUGAAACUAUUUCUAAACCAGAUGUAUUCAUAGAAAUAGAUAUUGAUGAUGUAAACACACUUGCAGGGACAACUGAUGCAGUUGAUGUGAAAGAAAGUAUAAGUUUUGGUCCUGAUUUACAGAAACAAAACUCUAACAUAAAUAAUGAUGACUUACAAGAAGUUUUUAGUAAUCAAAAUGAACCAGAAUUGUUACAAAAUAAUAAUAAUAAUAGGACAAUAGAAGAACCAGUUCCCAAUAUCAAUGCUACAGAUUUAGAAAAUAAUGAACCAGUUAGUCAAACUGAAGUUAACACAAGAUUGGCAAAUUCUCCAGUAGUUAGUUCUCAAGAAAUAUCAAGUACUGUUUCUUGUGAGGAUGACUAUAAUGCACUUGAUAAAGGUGCUAAAGAUAAUGAGUUGAUUGCAUUAGACAGAAACGAAGAUGUAUUAGUUACAACUACUCAAGAAGUAGAUGAAAAUGUAGCUAGAGAAAGCCCAAAAGUUGAAAGUUCUAGUACAGCUGUUUGUGGAAAUGAGAUAACUAAUAUUUCCAUUGUGUCUGAAAGUCAUAAAAACGUUGACUGUAGUGAGGAUAACGACGUAGUAAUAUUAGACGAAGACGACACAUGUAAGCUGAUAUCAACUCAUAAAACUUUGGAAAGUAAUUCUGAAAAAGAACCCAAUGUUGCUCCUGCUUCAGGAAAAGGUAAUGACAGUAAAAGUAGUAAAAAACUUCAAAACAAUGAUUUUAUGUUAUUAGGUGAAUAUGACUAUAGAGAAUUAGCAAACUGUGAAGAAGUUAUCAUCGAAAAUAAAAUUCAAAUUCCCAUAAAUGAUACAGCUUCUAUAGAUAAUGAAAAUAAAUGUGAAGAACCAGCACAAGUAUUAGAUGAUGCUAAAAAAAGGGAAAAACUACAAAAAAGCAAUGAUAUAAUAGUAUUAGACGAUAAUGCUAAUGAAAGUGAUGAACCUCUACGAAACAGUGAUUUAGUAUUAAAUGAUAAUGCUAAUAAAAAAGAAGAACCACUACAAAACAAUAAUAUACUAGUUGGUAAUGCUAGCAAAAGAACAGUACCAUUAGAAACCAAUGAUUUGAUAAUAUUAGAUGACGAUGAAACUUGUAAUGUACCUGCUCAAAAAACUAUAAAAGAUAAAUUUAAAGAAAACGUAGCUAGAGCGUUAGUUAACUCUGCUUCUGCUAAAAAUACUAGUAAAACGAAAGAGCCCAUACAAGAUUGUGACUUGAUUGUACUAGAUGACGAUGAUGAUGAUGAAAAAUUAGAUAGCAAUAAUGUAUCAGAUCUUACAAAUGAAGAUAGUUUCCUUGUGCCACACAAAGCUGAAAUAUUUGAGGGUCCCACUGAGGAGAAGUUGAUGGCUACAAUAAAGGAAAUAGAAAACGAAAUAUCACUAUACAAACGUCAUGUCGCCAGAUUGGAACAACAAGAAGUAGAAGCUGAUACUAUGUGGUCUCCAUAUAUUCAGUGUGAAAGUUACAAAGCGAAGAUAGUGAAUUUAUACAAAAAACUGUGCAAGUUAACCGGCGAGCCAGCGGUGAAGCGGCGGGAAGUCCGUCUCAAGCCCGCUAACUCUCGCUCCCAGCUGUGUGUCGAGAAAUUAGAAGAGUUGAUCAAUGAUAACAUCGGAGACGAUGGUCUACCUCAUUUCCCUGACUUUCAGGAUGUACUCAGUUGUGUGAAAGAGGCUAAUAACGAAGGCAGUUUGGGAUUUAACAGGAAUGAAGUCUUGAUUGAAGCGAACGCCCUAUUCACCUGCUGCGGACGGGCUCUCCAAGAGAGCCGCAAGCGACGCGAAUGGCGCGACAUGCUGCAUCUAGUCAAGACGGAGGCCAUCGCGGAUCCCGCAGACAGCGAUCCAGAGCUGAUGGCUCGUCUGCAGGCCAACAGGCAGGCGGCAGUCAAGAGGGAGCAGGAUCUUAUCGACAGGUACUGUGAGAUGAGUUACGGCCUGCCCAGUAAAGAAUGUACCAAAGAAAAUGACUGUAUAAAUACUGAUGAUUCUGAUGCAGAAGCAGCAAAUGACGUUACAGCCAUCAAAGACAAUACAACAAGAAACAAUUCUAGUCAAAUCAAUAAUAACAACAUGAAUAGAGUUCACGAGAUCAAAUUCACUGUUAACAAUAAACCAAACAACUCAGAGAUAGAUUCAAUAUCCGUGGUAUAUGGAUCUCAUGCAAAACGAAGAAUAACUCCUAUAACAUUGGAAACAUCCGAUGUUGUUAGGCGUAAGAGUACAAUAAAUAAGCCAAAUGUGACAUCAAAUGAAGUUGAUCCUUAUAAUAUUUCGAACCACGACUUCACUUUAGAAACAAAAGUUGUAUUGAGUAAAUUAGAUUUACAUUUCGAAAACGAUGUAGUAAAACCUACGAUUAGUGGUUCAAGUUUAGAUAAAGAAAACAGUAGAAGCGAAGAGAAAAGAGAAACUGAUGGAGAUAAUGGGCUUUUAGUCAAAGAAAUUAAGAAGGAACCGUGUGUCGAUAUACAAGAAGAAUUGGAUAUGCUGGGAAAUGAUUUUACGACUACUAUUUUAAGUGUAGAAGAUCCAUUUUUAGUAGUUGAGAUUUCAUCAGACAGUGAAGACGAAGACGAUGAGUUAACGAAUAAUGCGUCAUUUUUAUAGUGGUUAAAGUGCAACAGACUACAAUUUCGUAUAUCGUUGCAAGAAUAAGGUACGAACUACAAAGGGAUUCAUCAGUUCUUUACGUCUGUGUUGCAACUUCUAAGCAAUCUUGCUUUUUUAGUAAAACUUGUUUUGUUUUAUGUGUCAAAUAUGAUACAAACCAUAUCAAUGCAGGGCCUUUGCAUUGCCUUUUAAAUUUUAUUGACUGUUUUACGAUAGUGUAUAGUGUUGUUUACGAAAAAGUUAAUACAUAUUCACAAACAGCUACUAUUUAUUUGUAUAUGUUGCCUUUAGUAAAAAUAUUUUUUAAAUAUUGAGCAUUGAAACUGAAGAGUGAACUGACAGUUUGUUCCAGAAAGUGUAUUUUAUUUAUUGGAAAUAUCUAGUAUUUGUUAAAUAUUCAAGUGUUCUGCUUUUACUUCAGUCUCUUUUUCCAGUUUGUUCACCUUUAGCCUUUCUAGAACAGGGACUUCCUAUGCGUUUCUUCUAGAUUCUAUAACUCUCAUAGCAAUAAUUUAUUCGUUGUUAUUACAGUUAAACAAUAGUUCCAAAUACAGUUUUGUUGUUAAUCAAAUCAUGUUAGUCUAAAAUAAAAACUUACUGCCGUGUACAUAUCAUAAUAUUACUUUUAACGAGGCAAUAAAGUAUUAAAUUAUUCUUUUUUAUUA